AGUUACAAGCGAGCUUCAGCCCAGCCGAUCUUCACUUGACCUCGCCAGAAAUUACAGGAGAGCUUCAGACGACUUCAUCAUGGGGAACUGCGCCGCAUGCUGCCGAAGCUUCUGGUCCAAGGCCAAAAACCCCGACGUCCGUAUCAGUCUGCCCGUGGUCUGCUUCGUGUGGCAGGUAGCCAUGAUCAUCCUGUUUGGACUGUAUGUGCGUUACAAUGAAGAGUCCGACGCGCACUGGUCCGAGCACAAGCACGAGAAGAACAUCACGAGCGACAUCGAGAACGAUUUCUACUACAGAUAUCCAAGUUUUCAGGAUGUGCAUGUGAUGAUUUUUGUGGGCUUUGGCUUUCUCAUGACCUUCCUGAAGCGCUACAGCUUCGGAGGGGUCGGAUUCAACUUCCUCAUCGCCGCCUUUGGUCUGCAGUGGGCUCUUCUCAUGCAGGGCUGGUUUCACUCUCUGGACCCGGUUGACGGCAAAAUCAAGAUUGGAAUUGAGAAUAUAAUCAACGCUGACUUCUGUGUGGCUGGGUGUCUUAUUGCUUAUGGAGCUCUGUUGGGAAAAGUCAGUCCAGUGCAGCUGAUGGUCCUGACACUGUUUGGCAUCACGCUGUUUGCGGUUGAGGAAUACAUCCUUCUUGAGCUACUCCAUGUUCGUGACUCCGGCGGCUCCAUGAUCAUCCACACUUUCGGAGCAUACUACGGUCUGACAAUAUCAUGGAUUCUUUAUCGACCGAAACUAGAGCAAAGCAAGAGUAUGAAUGGAUCUGUCUACCACUCUGACGUGUUUGCUAUGAUCGGGACCCUCUUCCUGUGGAUGUUCUGGCCCAGUUUCAACUCUGCCAUCUCAGAUCACGGAGAUGGACAACAUCGGGCCGCCAUAAACACUUACCUUGGUUUGGCUUCUUCGGUCCUUACUACGUUCGCCAUAUCAAGCCUUUCAGCCAAGAAGGGAAAACUGGACAUGGUGCAUAUCCAGAAUGCAACUCUGGCUGGGGGAGUCGCUAUGGGAACGGCGGCCGAGUUUAUGAUCACACCGUACGGUUCUCUCAUCGUGGGCUUCUUCUGCGGGAUAAUUUCCACAUUUGGCUACCUGGUGAUCACUCCCUUCAUGGAGAAGCACCUGAAGAUUCAAGACACGUGUGGCAUCCAUAACCUGCACGCCAUGCCCGGCGUCCUGGGAGGAGUCGUGGGUGCCAUCACGGCGGCUUCCGCCAGUGAGAGCGUCUAUGGACAUGAAGGGUUGGUAAACACCUUUGAUUUUGAAGGGAGCUAUGCUAAGAGGACACCUGCUUUACAAGGAGGCUACCAGGCUGCCGGUCUCUGCGUUGCUCUUGCUUUUGGAAUCGUAGGUGGAUCAAUAGUAGGUUUCAUCCUGAAAAUGCCAUUGUGGGGAGACCCAUCUGAUGAGAACUGCUUUGACGAUGAGGUGUACUGGGAGGUGCCUGAGGAUGAGGAGAGCAUUCCUCCCAUUCUAGAGUACAAUAGCCAUAUGGUUGGAAAAAGUGCAGAAAUGAUGUCGGAGUCUAACUUCAGUGUGGAGCAGAGCUAAAACCAGAUGUCUGUAUGACGAUAAGAUGAACCGUAUUGGGACCAAUAAAUUAAUAAUUAAAAAUAAAUAAAUAAAAUAAAAAAAGAAAAGACAGAAAGAAUGUUCAGACCAAGUCUGUGCUGAAGAGAAUCUAGUCCUUGUAAUACCUUUGUGAGGUAUUGGCCUGCUUAAUAGAGCAGAAGCCCAGUUGGGUCAGCUCUUAGUUCAAUUUCACGUCUGUGUGCUUUUUUAGAGUCCUCAAAUUUAAUAAGUGUAUGCAUAUAUAACUUCUAAAGCCAAACUGUACUUCUAGUUUCAGUCAUUUUUGAAAAGAAUGAAAUAAUUAUUGUGCUGUCAUGUGUUUGCUGCUGUGUUAAUGAACUGAUUAUAGAUAUUAAAGUUUUGAUAUGAAUGUGUUGGUUAUUUAUCUAGGUUCCUUUCUCCCCCCCUCUUGCUAUGUAGACUAUUGUAUAUCAUUAUGUGAAGGAUUAGCCUACAUGAGGACUUUGAGUCGAUGUAAGUUUGAACAACUGAUGUACUUUUAUACUUUGAAAUCUAUUAAAUGUCUAAAAUCUC